AUCAUGGGAAUUGUAGUUCAAGUCAUGGCGUGUCUCUGCGCAUUCAGCAGAAGCUGUAGCGAUCCCUCCUGUAAUUCUUAUCGACUACCAUCCCAGCACGCGCAGCUGAUGGACACAUAUGGCGGAGAGCUAUGACUGAGGAUUUUGAUGAAGAAAUUGUUUUCGAGAACUCUCCACUGUUCCAGUACUUGCAGGAUCUAGGACACACAGAUUUUGAGGCAUGUUCUCCCGUUUCUCAGGAGGAGGAGCCAAGCGCUGGUGGAGAGGAGGCACAGUUUCCUCAGGAUAUCCUCCCUUCUCACAGAAAGGGUGGUGUUUGGAGGCUGGUUGAUGUUCUGCACAGUCUGAAUCCUCUGCGUCGAGACAGCGCCACCCACUGGCAGGAGCAGCAGCUGGAUGCUGCCUUCCGCCAGUAUUCCCUGCGCUGUUUGUUAUCUCAGGACGUGCUGUUGCAGGAGGAUGUUGAGCUGAUCGAGCUCUUGGAUCCGAGCGUGCUCUCUCUGGGCUCCACUGAUACCGUCUGCCCCAGUGCCAGCACUUCUGUGCCAGCGCCACGCUACCUCUCGCCUCCCUCUAUAUGGGAUGUGUCAGUUUUGGUCGGGCUGCUAGCUGUCCUCCUCGGCGUGUGUUUUUCGUACCCUGACCACGAGCGGGCUCUGUGGCUGUGCGGUGUCCUGGUGUGUGUUACGUGUGUGUGUCGUGGUCUGUCUCUGUGGCGUAAGGCCGUUCUACAGCGGCGCGUUCAGUCUCUGGCCGUCCAGCUUGAGGGUUUGGUGAACAACAGCCGAGCGCUGACCAGUCUCUCUCGCAAGUCACUGCGACUCAUACAGGAGACCGAAGUCAUCUCACGAGGUUUCACCCUUUUACUCGACAGGGUGAGUGGCGCCUGUCCCUUUAACAGGGCGGGGCUGCUUCGCAGCCAGCAGCUGAUUGGUCUACGGAAGGCGGCCUAUCAGAGUCUUCGUUGCGCAUUCCGAGCCUCUCGCAUCGCCACGUGCAUCAUGCUCAAGUCAUUUCCGCUGAACUCUGAGAUUGACAAUGUCACCAACUACGUGUCUACCGUGCCAAUCAGAGAGCUUGGUCUCGGUCUGGGGGUGGAGCAUCUUUCUGACGAUCAGGCACAAGAACUGACCAACGAUUACAGUCUGCCUGCACUCAAGAUGUUGUUCCAGUUGUGGGUCGGGCAGAGCUCAGAGUUUUUCCGGCGGUUAGCUCUGUUAUUGUCUCCAGGGAGGGAGGAGCUAGACUCCAAGCCGAGCCCCCUCACGUACAGCAGCGUCCCGUUGAUAACUGACUCUCUCCAUCGCACGCUGGCCACUUGCCUCAGAGACCUUCAGCGCAGCUUUGAUUUCCAUCGUUACUUUGAAACACAGCACCAGUCGCUGCCCUCAGAAAGAAAUGGACGCGCUCAGCAGAAGUGUAGAGAGCUCAAUGCUCUGCACACGUCUGUCCGCAGUUUACAACUUCACCUGAAAACACUCUUAAAUGAGGUCAUAAUACUUGAGGAUGAUCUGGAGAAGUUAAUGGUUGCUAAGGAGACAGAGGAGAUGACGUGUGCUGGCUAUCAGGAGCUGAAGGAGCGUCUGCAGCUGCUGCAGCCUCACAUGCAGGCCAGCACCUGCUGCUGGGACGACACACUCGCGCAGGUCGACCGCAUGCUACGCCGAGUCUCCAGCUGCCCAGAGAGUUCAGAUCAGCCAGAGGAAACAGCUGUCCCAGAUCCCCCUCCUCCUGCCCCCUUCACACACAUACAGGACAGAGACCCCGUCCCAGAGGAGCAGGAGCUGGAGGCGUACGUCUCGGACUCAGACUCUGAGACGGAGUGGAGGGGGGUCACGGACAUGCUGUCGCCAUGGGAACAGGAGCGCCAGCGGCGGGAACGUGAGGAGUCCAGACGUGUUUUACUCGAGCUGAAGUCUGUCCUGGGCAUCCGGACGUCAGAUGGAGAGCGAGACAAGCGCAAGCUUCUACUGUUCAGUGAUCAGGCCGCCCUGGCUCCAUUUGCUAAGGACACAUCAGAAACGGACACAAACUCUUUAGAACCGCAUAUUUCAGCAGAGUCCGUGCCUACCACGGAAAACCAUGUCUCCCAACCAGGAGAGGAGAAUGAAUGUGAACCGCAGACAGAGAUCCUGAGUGAGGCGGAAGGAGAGAGAGAUUCUGUGACUGAGUUUUGCUGUGGAGACUCUGACGUAACUGGGGCAGCUAAAGAUACCAGAGAUGAGACUGCGGAGGAAACGCAGCUCUUCCAGUCAGAUGGGCUUAUAGAAGAGGGGCAUGAUGGGACACACCCGCUCACACCCAGAGUGCCCACCCUCUCUGUGAUCGACCGAUUGACAGAACUGCAUGGCUCAGAAGCGAUCAGUUUCAGCUCUGCCCUUGCUGCCCAGGUAGCAGCGCGCUCGCAUACGUUCACACACAUGCAGGAAUGCACCUAUGAGGACUCGGAGGAGGAAGAGGAAGUGACAUCACCGCAGAAGAGAGAAACUGACGAGGACUGAAACCUCAAAGAUAUUUAUUCUCAUCCUUUUGGUUGUAUUUAUGAAGCUUGAUUUCAGGUCACAGACAUCAUUGGAUGUAGCUGGUGUGUGUGUGAAUCUGUUUUUGGUCUCUGUUUUAAAGUGUGUGUGUUUGGGGGAUUUAUGUUUCAUGUGACAUCCCACGUCCACUCUCCCUCAUGACAGGCCUCAGGUACAGACUAGAACGUGCUAGUACACAAAAAUAACAGACCAAAACCUAAACAUUAACGCAAAACUACAUGUCCUUGGCCAUAUCCCAGUGUCAUUCACUGUAAUGGAGGUCCUACACAGAGUAACCAAAACGAGCUCUUAAAAGUCAGUUUAAUUGGAUAUAUCCCAUAAAGCCCAACAAGAACAUGUCAGAGUCAAAUUUGACCCCAAUUCAAUUAAAUUAGAGGAAAAAGAAGUCUAUUUUAGUAUUGCUGUUUUUUUGUUUUGUUUAUUGCUACAUUAUUUUAAGUAAACACUUUUUUUUUCCAAAUUAAAGCCCAUUCUUUUUACUGCAAUACAAAACAAAUAAAGUUGGCCUUAGCGUAAUGCAAGAAAUAUUGUGCAUUUUUGUGGCUUUAAUAUAUAUAUA